AUGGCAGAACUUCGAGGGGAGCCUCCUCACUCCAGCCUCUGGCCCAACUACGGCGGCUCUUCCCAUCUCUCCAGUCGACUCGGGAGUAUGGAUUCGUCUAUUCACAGCCAUUCGUCGGCGCAUCUCUCCUCGAGACCCAGGAGCGACGUAGACCAGUCGUACCCGUAUAGCCGGUACUCUCAGGACGAGCCGGCCUCUUACGAGCGCCAAAACUCAUAUUCUAGCCUCAAGAGGUCCUUUUCCCAAACCGAGCAGCCUCCCUACCAGGAGCUCGUCCAUGACAUGCGGGACGACGGCUCUCGUCUCACCGUGAACCAGGAUCACAAGCUGCUGUCGUUCAGGCGUUCGCAGGACAAGUCUACCGUCGUUGACCAGCAAGGCCGUGUACAACAACUCGAGUUGUCAGCACAGUUGCACGGCAUGUUCUUUUUGUCCGAGAUGCCGGCCAGCAACAACGACGGCUCGUCGCUGCAACCCGAACUCACCUGCUACCGACGCAACUUGUUCCAAAUCAGUGGCUCGUUGGUCAUACCCAGGGGGCAGCUAUCCGUCGUCAACGAGGCCAACGAGACUCUGCCGAUAACCAACAUGGAAGUCGCCGUUUCGGCCAUAGAAUCCGUCGACGGCAAUCCCGUCCGUCUCAUUGUCAUUCCUUGGAAAACGCCGCCGCCAAACUCUCCCGAGAUCAACCAGGGCCCCGACCAGGAGCCAGCCCCUUUGCCUCUAAUUCCGUUCCAGGAGGACGGGUCCGAUGCAGAUGGAGAGUUUGCCGUCUACCCCGUCGGCUGGCGCCGUCUUCAAUUUCGAAUUGCAACAGCCAACAACGGCCGAAGAAAGGAACUCCAGCAGCAUUUUGUACUGCAUUUGAAGGUUUUCGGUACCCUUUCUGACAACUCCAAGGUUGUCGUGUCGGAAUCCAUCACAGCUCCUAUCGUCGUCCGCGGCCGCAGCCCACGAAACUUCCAAGCCCGCAAAGAAAUACCUCUACUGGGUUCUAGCGCGGGCUCUCGGGGGCAGGCUCUGGUGGAGACAGGGCUGGGUGUCGCUGCCAGCGCCAUCAGCAUCAAGCAGGACGGGAAACCCAGAAGUAUUGACAUGCAGGUUCCUCGAUCCGCCUUUACCUUUAGCCCGCCGAAAUCUCACCCCUCAAGCCUCGGCACCAUGAGAACAAGUUCCUAUCCCGGAUGGAACUCACAGGUUCCUUCGACCGUAGCGUCUGACAGUUACUCCAAGUUGCCCCUGUCUGGGUCAUCAAACUUCACCAACGACUCGCAGGAGCUGCCACUCCAGUCAUCGAUGGCGCCCUCGGUGCCCCUUCCCCUGUCUACAUCCGAUCAUGGCCCACCAGGCAUCCGAUCUCAGUACAACUACGCCCCAACGUCAACCGCACAUCUCCCUGCCAGCACCGUCACCAUCGGAGCUGACAGCAACUUUAGCAUUCCCCGUUACGUUGACGGUAACCCGAGGCCGUCAAAAAGCCCUCGACAUCAGGGACACCAAUCCAUUCAUAGCAGCAGUUCCAUACCUGCCGAGGGACCGGAUUACAGGUACAGCUCCUUUCGAGGUCUGACCAGCGGCAACGGCGACGUUUCGCCUGGAGGUAACGCGCCAGCCACGAGAGACUACUAUCCAUCUGUCAGCACGUGGACAAGCACAGCAGCCGAACCAAGCUCGAAUCUUGCCUACGCCGGCCACGAGAGCAGGCCAUACUCGGCUGUUCCUCCCUUGAAACAUGAGGCUCCGCCUUAUAGCAGCAGCACUCGAGGUCCAUUCGAGAGCAUGAACAACUAUUCAUGGACUGCUGCGUAA